AUGGUUUGGCACACAUUCUUCACUACAAGGGACAGUGUUUUGGCCGGAGGUCGAAAGUCAAACUUCAUGCUGGCAUACAGAUCGCCAGUCGACAGAUGGCGCACGCGGUGUGAGCACCGAUGCUGUUUGGACUGCGGGGAGAACGGACGCUGCAACCUGCUGGAUAAGAUCGCGGUGUGUGAGUGUCGGGCCCGAUACGUUGGGGACAGUUGCGAGACCCGCCUGCCCGAACCCGUCAAAGAUGUUGUGGAGAAAGAGAACACGUGGUACAUGUGGGUGGUUGGCGCAUGCGUAGGAACUUUCGUCAUGCUCCUAAUCGGCACAGUUGUCACCCUUUACUACAUGUGGAGACACAGAGUUGUCCUUGUCAUGAAGAUUGUGCACUAUUUUCAAGCUUAUGAGGAGGACGACCAGAAGAAAUGGGACGCGUUCGUCUCGUACCGGUCCCACCCGACAGAGGAAGACUUUGUCCUCAACACGCUCUACCCCAAACUGGAGAAAGAACUCGGAUUCACGCUCUGCCUCCACUUCCGGGACUUUGUACCCGGAGAAACUAUCUCUAACAACAUCAUCAAUGCCGUGGAUGGCUCUAGAAGGACGAUUUUGAUUCUCACGCCGCGCUAUAUCGAGAGCGAGUUCACGAGAUUCGAGUACGAGAAAGCCCAGCAAGAAAUGAUGAAGCGGAAACACCGAAUCAUUCCAAUCGUGCUCGAAGACAUUUCCCGCCUCUCGUCCAUAAUGGACAAGAGCUUGAAAGCUAUAAUUAGCGCAGUGACGUAUUUGGAGUGGCCAAUGGAAAGCGAUUCAAAGAAAAUCGAUAAAUUCUGGAAGCGGUUACAACUUUCACUACCAAAGAAGAAGGUCGCAGACACUGAGCCGACCAACUGCAGGCUGUAUAACACAUCUGGAAAACCAUUUGAAGAUGUCUAA